UUCAGCUUAUUUCCGCCAAAUCCAGUCGUCGGACAGUUAAAUUUGCUCUCGCCUUUUUUCAGAUUAUAAAAUUCUGAAUAAAAUGAAAUCACUUGGAGCUCUUUAUAUAUUGACAAACUUAGAUUUCAGAGCUCCUCUACAUAACUUUUUGAACAUUGACCUGUUAAUACGAUUGUUAUCAGAAAUUAUACUAAAAACGUUGCAUCCUGAUUCAGUCAACAACUCUAAGAUUUGUAGAGUGAGAUCAUAUAACUGAUCUCCUGUUAAAUUUUUACAAGGAGAUAAGCCUACAACAUAACAGAGAGGAUACCAUGAAUGUUUGUAUAGUUGUUGCUAAAUUGCAUGAAUUUUCAUUUGAUUGAACAGCUAAACCUUCGAAUUUUCUACCUUUAUAAUAUGUUAUUUCGGGCUUGACAUAGAUUUAGUCAAUCCACAAUAUUACUUUUGUGUAUAGCUGGAAGCCAUAUUUCAGCCCCAUUUAAGUCCUUGGGGAACGAAAAUACUGAUACCUUAGAUAAUCUAUCAUAAUUGCUUCUAAAGCCUGGUACACAGCAUAUAUAAGGCAUGAUUAACUGCACUGCACAUAAUCACCGAUGCAUUACCCACAUGAGCUAACGCUUGGAACUGAGCGAGUCGAUGCUAUUUUAGUUCAUACGGAGCUCAAAAAUUCAAUUGGGGUAGUAUCAAUUAUUAAAUGGAGGUUUCAACGUAUCUAUUUCAGUGGGGGAAUACGGGAAUCCCCGGGACACAGUCCGACAAGUCUUGUGACCUACCAUUACCCAAAGUGGUAGGGGAAGAGCACGGCCAGUUCAUCUAGAGUGUCCUUGCUUGAAUGGUUCUGAUGGCGUGAUGACAAUUUUCACCUAACACGGUUCUCCCAUUUAUGCUAAUGUGGAGGAUAAUCUAAGUAGUGUUUUUUGUAAUUAGUAUUGUAUCCUAAUUCAGUAGUGGAGGAAGUAGUGUGUUUAGUUCGGUUCAGAGGUCACAUGUAAUAAUUAUUUUCUAUACAGUACCUAAUGGCAUUAAGGGAGAUUCCCGGGGUACGUCGUGGUGCGACACUUUUCACUUGCAACGAUGGUUUCUAUUACCAGUAUAUUAGCAUAUCAAGGGUGAAAACACAUUACCGUUGCUACUUAAACACGUGUAGAGCUAGGAUUUGGGUUGAACAUAGAAGUAAAAACAUUACAAAUAAUGAAAAUUUCCCUUGCCAUAAUCACAGCCCAGAUCCUCUGCUAGAAGCUAAGCAUGUGCUACGAGAAGCAAUAUUUCAGCGGGCCGAACGUGAAUCAACACAGCUGAAAAGGAUUUUUGACGAGGAGUGCAAUAAAGUUUCCAGUGAAGUAGCCCAAAGUUUGGCCUUUGGAACAAUCGAAUCAUCGAUGCGGAAAUGUAGAAAAUUGAAUUUUCCGAGACUUCCAACUUCUGCCAUCGAUUUUGCUGAUAUGUUGAAGGCAGAGGAGUGGGCUAGAUUCUCAGAAACAGAAUAGAAAGAUCUAUUGUUGUUGAACUGAAGUUUUUACACUCAACACUAUAAUGGCUGCAACAAUCGUGGGGAGAUGCGUAAAAUAAUGAAAAGAUUCAUGAGAUUGAAGAGAAUAAGGUGCUCUAUAGGCUCAUGAUUGGCACAGAUUUUUUCAUUCAAUCGUGGAAAAGUUAUAAGGCCAAAAAGAUGAAAAAAUCUGAGCCGGAAGGGUUUCUUCAAAAAUGUGACUCCUUCAAGAGCUCAAAUCUAGAAAACUAUGAGAUAUAUGGAAGAAUGUUAAGGAUGAAACUUUAAUUUUGUAAUUGACAAAAAUUUCCGAGAGACGAAUUUGUUUAAGAUAUAUGCAAAAAAAAAAACAGAAUAUGGAACUUUUAAAUAACCCCCACCCACUUAACACAGGGGGUAGGAGUGAGGACUUUUGUAAUGUUUACCUACUUACUAUCCUUAAAAGUGUUGUGGGGUCAAAAAUUGUAUUCCAAACGUUUCCUUCUAUAAUCUUUCGUUGACUGGACUAGUAUUGAAUUACACAAAUGUGUUAUAGUUUGCAUCGUCUGUUGUUUUAUGAUGUAACGAGUUUUUUUUUGUGGGGGGGGGGAGUAGGCAGGGAAUCGACCUUCACUAGAUUAGUUUGUAUUUUUGAAUGCUGAAAACUCUGUUAUAUACAGAUCAUUUUCAAACAAAUUUCCCCUUAUGAUUGCAUAGGCUACAUUCACUUUUCAGGUGUUGGAUUGCAUAAAUGCAUAGUGGAAAGUUCUAUUCUUGUAGCAAUUCAUUUUCGGAAAAUUAUGCCAUACUAAAAAUUCUACUGUGAACGGAUAUGGGUAUACUAGAUACUCUUAUGAGAGACUACAUUGAGUCCAUAAGUCAUCUUGACUGAGACUCUGAGUCAGUAAUGUUAUAUGACAAUAUUAUAUUUAUUUGUUUGAAAAUGUUUAUUUUUUAUUUUAUAACAAAGUUAUAUAAUUUUUUGUAACUUUUGUGAUAUAAAAUUGUUUUAUAACAGUUAAAUAGUAUAAAGGAGGCUUAAUCAAAACACUGAUUCUUCAAAAUUUAUAGUAUUUUUUUCUUUUUUGCCUCCUUUCAAUCCUGAUUCCUGAGGUAUGGAAGUAUUGCAGCAUUUCAAACUAUUAUUGGGUGAUUGAAAAUGUUAUAUUCAUUAUUUAAGUUUCAUCCAAUACAAAUACUUGGUUCAACAAUCAAAUAAUCAAGUUGAACAACUCUUAACGGGAGAAAAUAAUGGUUUUCGGCAUAAUAUUAUGCCUGUUAUUUCAAUAACCAUCAAAGUUACUAACCUCUUACUAGUUUUAUUGGAUUUAUCAGAAAGUUUUACAUAAGAUCCAAUCAUUUAUAUACCGAAAUAAGCUACCAAAAAAUAUACGAGCUUAGUGUGCCGCAAUCUGUUAUCCGUCCCAGUGUGAAAGAGUGAACAGGACCGAGUGCGAGGGAAUGAGUAGCAGACGAAACAGACGAUGACGUAGUAAUCAGUGGAUCCUGAGUUAGCCAGUUCCGGACUUAGCCAUUUCUGUCGACUGCUGUUGAAAAGAGGGAGAGUCAGUGAAUUCUCAGUCAACGAAUUCCGGUCGAUGCAUAAACAACCACUUCCACAGUUAGUCAAUGCCGAUCAGCGCAGUUAAGUUUCAUAUGGCAGAUUUAACAUUGAGUCAGCGAGUUCCGAGUUAGCCAAUUGU